AGGGAAAGAAGAUUCCAAAGUUAUUGAGUAACUUCAAAAAAUAUGAUUACUUUGAACGUAGUUCUGAAUUUGGUUAGAUUUUGGCCCUUUUUGUAAUACAUAAAUCAGCUAUAUCCACCUCGAUCAUACAUCCUUAAAAAUAAAAAAAUGUAUCAAAAUCAAUUAUCCUAGUAGAUUUAUGCAAUAUUCCUUAGCAGACAUAAAAGUAAUUUUAACCUGUCUUUAUUAUCACUUUCUUUAAGGUCAAAAUUGUUUUGCUCAUAAUAUCAUUUCUUUAUUUAUUGAAAUUUUUCUUCUUCUCUCUUGUAAGCUCUCCACAUGCACUAUUAUGAAUAAGUUAAUCCUAAUGAUUCUACUAAUCAAUUCAAAUAAGGAAAUAUACUUUAAACUAUGCUCAUAAUACACUACAAUAAAUACACGAGAUAUGUAAAUUAAAAUAAUCGUAGUUUUUAGCAUAAAUACUUUAUUAAAUAAUACUUAAUUUUAUUAUUAUUAGAGAUGAAAAAAAUUAAAUCUUAUGAUGAAAUUUCUUUUUCUCGAUUUUAGGAAGAAAUUGGCGAAACUUCCUAUGAAAAUCAACCAAUUCUCAUACAUUUAGAUGAUCCAUUGCCAUCUUAAACAGAUAGUUUGGAAUUGGUUUUAUAGAGUGUUCCAAAAAAAUCAAAAAAAGUAGCUAGAAAAAAAAAAUGCGAUUUUCACACAAAGAAAAGAAAAAAGGUGAGCAAAAAAAAAAAUCUAUGUUUUGAAAAUCAUACUCCAUUCACUUUUUAAGAAGAUGAAAAAAUCCUCAAUCUCGUAAAAGAGCAUGGUCCAAGAUUUUAAGUCAUUUCUAAGUAUUUUUUAGAUAGAAGUUAAAAUGCCGUAAAAAAUCGAUAUUAUAAGUUUUUACGCUACAAUUGGAACUUAAUCUUUGGAGAGUAAGCAUUCUUAUUAAUGUCUAGUCAAUAACAGCAUUCUAAUAAUAUGUUUGAGGAGGAAGGAGCAUAAUAAGAAUUGCUAACAAAUUUUUUUGAUAACAUGAAUUUUAAUCCGAAUUUUACAACAACUAUGUUUAACCACCUUACUUAAGUUGACUAUUAUUCAUGA